AUGCUUGAGGUGAGGAAUAUUGAGGUGAGGAAUAUAGGGGUGAGGAAUAUUGAGGUGAGGAAUAUAGAGGUGAGGAAUAUAGAGGUGAGGAAUAUAGGGGAGAGGAAUUUAGGGGAGAGGAAUAUAGAGGGUGAGGAAUAUAGGGGUGAGGAAUAUAGAGGUGAAUAUGGGGGUGAGGAAUAUAUAGAGGUGAGGAAUAUAGGGGUGGAGGAAUAUAGAGGUGAGGAAUAUAGGGGUGAGGAAUAUAGAGGGUGGAGGAAUAUAGGGGUGAGGAAUAUAGAGGUGAGGAAUAUAGAGGUGAGGAAUAUAGAGGUGAGGAAUAUAGAGGUGAGGAAUAUAGGGGUGAGGAAUAUAGAGGUGAGGAAUAUAGAGGUGAGGAAUAUGGAGGACAAGAAAAAAGAUAAUUGUUUGUGCGUCCUUAAAAAUGAGUUGGCUCCAUUAUGA